UGUCCGUCCCUGACCAAGAUAGAUGGUUCACUUCACUUGGUCCCCGGGCGCUUAAAAGCUGCCCACUGCUCCUGGGGUCCUGGAGGAAGGAGUCCGGGUUGGGAAAAAUGCAGAAGUCAAAUUCACAGCGACCUCGGCCUGCGUGUGCGUGUCCUGUCUCGCCACCUAAUAUAUGCACGUGUGCGUUGCUGUGUGUCGUUGUGCAACAAUAAACUGACUGAAGUCAGCCUUGUUUUUUUUUUUUUUGAUCACCAACGCCGUUAAACCACAGGGAGGCGCUACAAUUGCGUGAGAAUCCGGUGAUGACAAUUUCAAUCCAGAUGCCAUGUGGCCAGUCCGCAACAGCAUUACAAAAACCGAAUGAUGCCAAAUAAGGAUUUAUUGUUUUGUAUCUAUUGUUCAUUUUAAAACUAAACGCUACAGAGGUCACAAAAACAGAUUCAGAGACUUAUUAAAAUCCCUUUAAGGAAAAGACCGUUAUAUUUGAAGAAAUACAUGAACCAAUUAGUUGCGUUUUUAAAUACAUUUGUACAGACCAGUAUGGAAGAUUCGUCUGAAGUCGGUGCUUUGAAAUACUGUCAGAUUAAUUUACAGUGGAAGAGGUGCGCAUACCUUUCGAGUUGCGAUCCAUAGAGCCAGCCAGGAAGCAUGCGUCAGUUUCUGUGUGCCAACAUUCUUGACGCGUGCGCACGGGCAGCCCAUUAUUGUCCAGCGAACAGCAUACGGGGUGGAGAUUCCUCGAUGCUGCCGUCUGACAAUACUAUACACCACUGUUUUACCGGAUUAUCAAAUUGUGCUUAGAUGACUAGGGCAGCGAGGAAAGUAAGCACCCCUGAAUAAUGAAGCACAGCCCUACUGUCCUCUGCCUCAGCUGUUUCAGUCACCACCACUCCCUGUGCUGCUACCCUUAGUGGCCUUGCUCCGGUGUUAGCGCUCUGGGUUGGACAGUCAGUCAGUCUGUGUGCGAAGGGAGAAUACAAGAGCGUGGGGAAAAAGGAGCACCCUUGUCAGCUGUCGCUCACACACACAUAUGGUGCAUUGUUGCCAUACCCCAGCUAGCAUCCCCGUGGCUAAGCAUCACGCUAGCACACGGCUCACGGAUAGAAGCCUGCGUUGGGAGGGAUAUAAAUAAACUGACUUGAUCUGACUGACUGCGAGUGUGUGUGUGUGUGUGUAUGUGUGUGUGUUCGCACUUAUGUGUGUGUGUGUGGUGUGACUUCUUUUUUUUUUCUGGGUCACAAAGGCGCUUUUCCCUCAAGGAUUAGUGCAGUUUUUUGUAGUUUUAAAAAAAAAGAUAAGAUUUAUUUAUUUUAAUUGUCACAAAAAAAAAAAACUACAAUCACCAGCUGUCACCUGGAGCCAUGGAGUCCAAAAUGGAGUACAUUCUGGCUCAGGUGCUUCAGAAGGACGUGGGGAGACGCCUGCAGGUGGGCCAGGAGAUCAUCGAUUACAUCUCCGACCAUGAGAAGUCCCACGACCUGGAACAGGACCAGACCAAUCUCGACAAGAUGGUGGAUGGCAUCGCUACCUCCUGGGUCAACUCCAGCAACUUCAAGUUGGCUUUGCUGGGAAUGGACAUCCUCUCUGCCUUAGUCACCAGACUGCAGGACCGCUUCAGAAGUCAAAUCGGAACAGUUCUGCCCAGUCUGAUGGACCGCCUGGGGGACGCCAAAGACCAGGUCCGAGACCAGGACCAGACCUUACUCAUCAAGAUCAUGGACCAGGCGGCCAUCCCACAGUACGUGUGGGACCGGAUGCUGGGGGGCUUCAAGCACAAGAACAACCGGACGCGAGAGGGAGUGUGUCUGUGCCUCAUCGCAACCCUCAACGCAUAUGGCGCCCAGGGUCUCACCCUCAGCAAGAUCGUCCCCCACAUAUGCAGCCUUUUAGGAGACCCCACCAGCCAGGUGAGAGAUGCAGCCAUGACGUGUCUGGUGGAGAUCUACAGGCACGUGGGGGAGAGGGUGAGGACGGACCUCAGCAAGAAGGGACUCCCUCAGUCCAGGUUGAAUGUAAUCUUCGGCAGGUUUGAUGAGGUGCAGCGAUCGGGGAACAUGCUGUCCUCUGGCUCAGAUAAGAACUUUGAGGAUGAAGACUCUGUGGACGGGGGCCGGUCCUCCUCCUCUUCCUCCUCCAGAGCCCCGCCCAGUGGCCGGAGAGGCGGGGCCGUGGGCUCCAUGCGAAGGCCCAGCUCUGCGUCGUCUAAGGCUCCAGGGAAAGAGGGAGCGAGUGCAGGAGCAUUAGACGAGGAUGACUUCAUGAAGGCCUUUGAGGACGUGCCCAGUGUAAAGGUCCACUCCAACCGAGAGCUGGAGGACUCUUUGGGGAAGAUCAGGGAGAUUCUGUCUGAUGACAAGCAUGACUGGGAGCACAGAGUCACUGCGCUGAAGAAGUUUCGCUCCCUGCUGCUAGGGGGCGCUGUUGAGCACGAUGCCUUCUCCCAGCAGCUGCGCCUGAUGGAGCCCGCCUUCAAGCUCUCGGCCAAAGACCUGCGCUCACAGGUGGUGCGAGAGGCCUGCAUAACGCUAGGACACCUGUCCUUCCUGCUCGGGAACAAGUUUGACCACACCGCUGAGUGCAUCAUGCCCAUCUUGCUCAACCUGGUGCCCAACAGCGCCAAGGUCAUGGCUACGUCAGGGGUGGCUGUCAUCCGUCUCAUCCUCAGGCACACCCACUAUCCCCGCCUCAUCCCCAUCAUCACAAGCAACUGCACGUCCAAAUCGGUGGCGGUCAGGAGACGUUGUUAUGAGUUCUUAGACCUGAUGUUGACAGAUUGGCAGUCGAACACACUGGAGAAACACGUGGCCGUCCUCUCUGAGACCAUCAGGAAGGGCAUCCACGACGCCGACUCUGAGGCUCGCUCCAUCGCCAGGAAGUGUUAUUGGAAUUUCCAUGGCCAUUAUGGUCGGGAGGCGGAGCAUCUGUACCAGGCUCUGGAGUCGUCCUAUCAGAAGGCUCUGCAGUCUCACCUGAAGGGCUCUGACAGCGUCAUGUCCCUCCCACAAUCCGACCGCUCUUCCUCCAGCUCUCAGGAGAGCCUCAACCGGCCCUUCACAGUGAAGAGUGUCAUAGGAGGCAGCAUGACCAGGAAUAAACUAAUGAGCUCACGGGCCCCCGGUCCCGCCCGGCUCCCUCCAGCGUUCCCCGCCAAGUCCCGCUUGUCCACGGUUCCCUCGGCCACGCCCUUCGGUUCGGCCGCCGCCCUGCCCCCAGGCUCCUACGCCUCAUUGGGCCGUGUGCGUACCAGGAGGCAGAGCUCUGGCAAUACGGUGGGUCCCAGCAGCACGGUCACAGACAGCCGUGGUCGGAGCCGGGCCAAGGUGGUGUCCCAGUCCCAGCGAAAGCUGCUGGGUCACACGUACGGCAGAAUUCACCGCACCACGGUCCCAGCCACCACUCCAUCGUCAGAGAAGCGCACCAGGGUCCCCCGGAGCCAGGGAUGCAGCCGGGAGACCAGCCCCAGCCGACUGGGCCUCGCUCUUGUUCCUGCCGCUUCUCCCUACCGCACGCUAGCCCGGACCAGUCGCAUCCCGCGGCCCAGCAUGAGCCAGGGCUGCAGCCGCGACACCAGUCGCGAGAGCAGCCGCGACACCAGCCCCGCGCGGGGCUUCGCCCCUCUGGAUCGUUAUGGUCUGAUACAUCAGGCUCGCAUGUCUGCGUCCAUAAACGCCAUGAGGGUCCUCAACACCGGCACAGAGGUGGAGGCAGCUGUGGCCGAUGCACUGGUGCCCCCACCCCCUGGCUACUCUGCCAGCCCCCCGCCACGCAUAGCAACCCGCACAUGA